UAGAGGAAGAUCAUUUUGAGAACACAACGGCAGCAAGCUCAGAGCUGCAUGCUAACAAUUUAGUGUGUCAGUGUGUGCACACACUGCAUUGCAGAUUUCCUUCCCCCUCAACUGUUCUAUAUUGUGUAUUGCAGCGUGACCUUAAGGGCAGGUGAUGUGUGAGUGCUAUUGGUAGGCUCCCGUGGUGAAAGUGUAGCAAUGGAAGAAGAUAAAGUGCCAAACAAAGAUUCCCCUCAAGCCUCAGAUGUGAAGAAAGUGCAACGUAAAUCUGAAACCAAGCGAUACAGUGAGAUCUUCAGAGACUUUGAUAAUCUUGAGUUAUCUUUAAUUUCUUCUGCAGAGGAGGAUCUGCUGGCAGACAUCGACUCACAGUUCAUCUCAGAGUCCAUCUCGACAGAAAGCGCAGAUCUCACAGAGCAAGAAGAUGUGUCUGUAUGUGCUGAGGCCAAUGAAGCAGAUGGAAACCAACAUGCCCAGGAAGCAGACCUGGCCCUCUGCCGGUGUGACGACGGAGUGGAGACGGCGCUGCAGUACACCAAGAUGUGGUGCCGCUACGCCAAAGACCUUCUGGCUUGGAUGGAGAAGAGAAUCGGCUUGGAACAAGAAUUUUCAAAAAAUGUAAUGAAGACAGCUGAAGGAGCAAAAGUCAACGUGGGGCAGCAGGAAAUGAUGCCCCUGCAGUACAUCUACACAAUGGCGCUAGAGCAAGACAUCAAGAACAGUGUGACUUCUAGAAAGACAUCAGAACUGCUACAAAACCGCUGUCACCAAGCCUUGGCUGCCAAGAAGAAUGAGAUCGACAAGUGGCGCAGGGAAUUUAAGGAGCAGUGGGCAAGAGAACAAAGGAGGAUGAACGAAGCGGUGACAGCUUUUAAAAAAGCUCGUCAGCAAUACUUCCAGCGCUGUGAUGAGCUAGUAAAGGCUAAAGCUGUCUCUGCUAAAGCUGUAGACGACACAGCUGGAAUGAAAACAAUGGAUAAGAGGCGUAAAUCUAAGGGUGAAGCCCAGACUAAGGUGUUGGAGGCAGAACUGCUGUACAGACAGUGUGUGAGUGACGCCAAGAUCCACCAGGAUGAGUUAGUAAAGGUCAAAGAGAGAAUUAUUUCCCACAUUCGCAAGCUCAUCUGUCAGGGAGACACUGUGCUCAAGGAGGCCACAGUCAACAUGUUUUACUUCCAGCGGCAGCAGACAGAGCCUAUUCCCCUCGGCUAUCACAACCUAGAGUUGACGUGCAGGUCCCUGGAGCCUGGCGAGCCCUACCUGCUGUACAUCAUCAGCAAGCGUCGCCCCGAACGACCUGUCCAAGUCUUUACCUUCCAGGACUAUGUUCCACAGUGCAAAGGGAACAAACAAAAAACCAGCAAUCCUCACAGCUCUCUGCAGGACUCUUCACCUAUAACAGAUGAUAGCCAUUUCACACGGCACAGCAAUGGCAGUGCUCUAGGGAGAGCAGGGCACAGUGACAGUGAGAGUUUUGGAGGCAGUUUAGAAUCUCUGUCCAGCCCUGCUCACACUAAUAGGAGACUGCCUAAAACCGCAUCAACUUUGACAGUUUCAUCAGACGAUAUGGACGAACGGGAUAUGGCGUCAGAAUCAGAAUGCGUUGACCAGCCAGUCAAAGUGCGCACGCUUUCACGAGCUGCACUGACGCACCGACUCAGGAAGAUGAAGAGCAAGAUGGUCAAAUGCAAGCAUUGUGAAAACUACAUUGUUGUCAAUGGGGUUGAAUGUGAGGAGUGCGGGCUGGCUUUUCACAGGAAGUGUAUGGAAGUGUGUCUGCUGGAGUGUGAGAACACGAAGGGGACCGUGUUCAGGGUGGACCUCUCUCUGCUGUCUCAGGACCAGCCCAACAAGGUGCCAUUUGUGGUGCUGCUCUGCACGUCUGAGAUUGAGAGUCGCGCCCUCUCGGUCCAGGGGGUGUAUCGUGUGAGUGGGUCCAAGCCCCGCAUCCAGAAGCUCUGUCAGGCCUUUGAGAUGCAAAAGGAGCAGGUGGACCUGUCUGACCUUUCACCACAUGACAUCACCUCUAUUCUUAAGCACUUCUUCAAGGAGCUCCCAGAGCCCUUACUAACCUUUGACCUGUACAAUCACUUCACCGCGGUGGGAAAGACCAUUCAGCAUCUGGGUGAAAGGGAUCCACCACCAGACACUAACGAGAUAACGGACAUCAUUCACAACCUGCAAAAGCUACUACAGAAACUCCCUCCAUAUUACUACAGCACCUUGCAGCACAUGAUGUCUCACCUGAAAAUAGUUUCAGAGAACUACGAGAACAAGAUGUGCCCCAGCAAUUUGGGUAUUGUGUUUGGGCCAACACUAUUGCGCCCUCUUCUGUCUACGGAAAUGUCAAUAAAUGCCCUGCUGGAGACCAGUUACCAGGCUGUACUUGUAGAGUUCCUCAUCACACACCAUGACAUGGUUUUUGGCCUUCAGCGGAGACACAGUAUGCCCCCUCCCCCGGCCCCCACUGCACCUCUUCCAGACACCCCUCCCAGAGCUUCCUGUGCCCUGGAUGGGGAAGUUUGCACCGGCUCUGAACAUGAAACCUCCACCAGAGAGCGGCCAAACUCACAAAGUCGAACAAUCAAGAGAGAGUCAAGCGAGGGUUAUAUAUCUGACAAGUCUUCAUCCAAUGAGGCAGUGGACCAGCUCAGCCCUGAAGCCAAUGAGAGAGCAGUCCUGGCUAUGAGUGGAGCAUCGAGCGACCCUCAGGGUGAGCGGGAGAGGGAACCAGAUUCUGUUUUGGGAACCCAGCCACACUAUCGCUUCACCAGACAGCCUGUGAAAUAUUACCGUCAUCAUAACCCAGGAACCAGACUCCCCAACCCAUGUCGUACAGCCAGACAGCCUGCAGCCUCAGCAAGGGACUGUCCAGGAAGUGCAGACAGCAGCCGCAGCUCCUCUCCAGAGCCAGGGACACAGAGACUUUCCCAAAAUUUAGACGUCCACUUUGAGAACACCCACCAGCCACACCAGGCCGCCUUUGCCGCAGAGAUUAAAGUGGACGUCCCACUGAGCCCCCGCAAAGUUGUGCAGUACAUGCUGGGACUAGACUCAAUAUUUACAUCAGCUGCAACUGAGACAUCAUCCUGUACAGCACAGGAGUCUUCUCAGGAGGUGGCAUCUGGGUGUCAAGCUGGUCAGAACAUACAUUUGUCCAGUAACAGACGGAGUGCUGGACUAAGUCAGGCUCUGUGUGAGUCACAAAACACAUUUCCUGUUGAAAUGAACUUGACCUCACCAGCACAAAAGAUCCUGUCUGGCCUGAAGUUGAGGCGCUGCCAAUCCGGGAAGGACGAGCAGCUCUUUGUCUGAGGAAACAUAGAAAUCUCCAGACGGUUCACUGGAAUAGAUUCAAACACACUGGAGGAUAUACAAUCAUUAAUAUCACCCUUAGUGUGUGUAACAACUAUCGAGAUUCAUAAGUUACCUUGAAGUUAAAUGUGUUAAACUCGUACUCUUUAAGUGUUGAAAGGUACAGACCUAAUGCUUACUUGGAUCCCACAGCCUUAUUAUGACUAAUCCUCUUUAAAAUGUUGAUCUGUCGACGAUCCAGCUGUGUAAUACCCAGACCAGACAAGAUAGUUUCACAUAUUUAUCAUCCAUCCAUCCAUCCAUCCAUCCAUCCAUCGUCUACCGCUUAUCCGGGGUCGGGUCACAUAUUUAUCAGUUUUUCAGAAAUCUUUAGUAUAUUUGAAUGUAACAAGCAGGUGGCUUGAGAUUGCAGGUUAAGAGAAGUUUCUGAGCAAACUAUAAUUUGCUAAAUACAAAUGCCAUCAAGAGUUUUAUUUGUAAGGUAAUUGUGUUAACUAUUUGUUGUGCUUUUUAAACAUUUUAUAGACUCCAGAUGGAACUUUUUUGUGGUACAUAAACUAUGAUAUGCCUUUGU